AUGGCUUCCCGUCCGGAACUCAAGCUCGACGACGAGGGCGGCUUCAUCCGCUUCUUCAAGUCGCUCCCCGCCGUCAACGACGACACCGUCCGAAUCUUUGACCGAGGCGACUGGUACACAUCCCACGGCGACGAUGCCAAUUACAUUGCCAACACGGUCUACAAAACCACCUCCGUCGUCCGGCAGCUUGGCCGCAAUGACCAUACCGGCCUUCCCUCCGUCACUAUGACCGUCACAGUAUUCCGCCAGUUCCUGCGCGAGGCCCUCUUUAAGCUUGGGCGCCGCGUCGAGAUCUGGCAGAGCCCCAACGGCCGCAUGAACUGGAAGUGCACCAAACAGGCCUCCCCUGGCAACCUGCAGGACGUCGAGGACGACCUCGGCGGCCAGGUCGAGUCCGCCCCCAUGAUAAUGGCCGUUAAGAUUACUGCCCGCGCUUCCGAGGCCCGCGCUGUCGGCGUUUGCUUCGCCGACGCCUCCGUCCGCGAGCUCGGCGUCAGCGAGUUCCUCGACAACGACCUCUACUCCAACUUUGAAGCCCUUCUCAUCCAGCUCGGCGUCCGCGAAUGCCUUCUGCCCCAGGACAACAAGACCGAAAAGGACCGCGACCCGGAGCUCGCCAAGCUCCGCCAGAUCAUCGACAACUGCGGCGUCGCCGUCGCCGAGCGCCCCGCCGCCGACUUUGCCACCCGUGACAUCGACCAGGACCUCGCCCGCCUUCUCAAGGACGAAAAAGCCACCGCCCUCCUGCCCCAGACCGACCUCAAGCUCGCCAUGGGAUCCGCCGCGUCCCUCAUCAAGUACCUAGGCAUUCUCCAGGACUCCUCCAACUUUGGCCAGUAUCAGCUCUACCAACACGACCUCGCCCAGUUUAUGAAGCUCGACGCCGCGGCCCUUAAGGCCCUGAGCCUGAUGCCCGGGCCCCGCGACGGUGCCAAGACGAUGAGCAUUUUUGGCGUGCUGAACCACUGCAAGACGCCUGUGGGCAGCCGCCUGCUGGCGCAGUGGCUUAAGCAGCCGCUCAUGAGCAAGGAAGAGAUUGAGAGGCGCCAGCAGCUGGUCGAGGCCUUCGUUACCGAUACGGAGCUCCGCCAGACGAUGCAGGAAACGCACCUGCGCUCCGUUCCGGACCUUUACCGGCUGUCGAAGCGCUUCCAGCGCGGCAAGGCCAACCUGGAAGACGUCGUCCGCGCGUACCAGGUCAUCAUCCGCCUUCCCGGCUUCAUCGGCACAUUUGAGGGCGUCAUGGACGAGGCUUAUCGCGAUCCCCUCGACGAAGCCUACACCACCAAGCUCCGCGAGCUGUCCGACAGCCUCGGCCGGCUGCAGGACAUGGUCGAGCAGACGGUCGACCUCGACGCCCUGGACCGCCACGAGUACAUUAUUAAGCCCGACUACGACGCGGGCCUGCGCGUCAUCCGCAAGAAGCUCGACCAGCUCGACCGCAGCAUUCGCGAAGAAUUCCGCGAAGCCGCUCAAGACCUCGGGCAGGAGGCCGACAAAAAGAUCUUCCUUGAGACCGGCCACAAGGUACACGGGGUGUGCAUGCGGCUGACGCGGCAGGAAGCCGGCUGCAUCCGCAACAAGGCCAAGUACCAGGAGUGCUCGACGCAAAAGAAUGGCGUCUACUUCACCACCAAGAAGCUGCAGGCGUACCGGCGGGAGCACGACCAGCUGUCGCAAAACUACAACCGGACGCAGAGUGGUCUCGUGCAUGAGGUGGUGCAGGUGGCGGCAUCGUACUGCCCGGUGCUGGAGCGGCUGGCGGGCGUGCUGGCGCACCUCGACGUUAUCGUGUCGCUCGCGCACAGCGCCGUGCACGCGCCCGAGGCGUACGUGCGGCCGACCAUCCACCCACGCGGGCAGGGCGAGACGCGGCUGGUUGGCGCGCGGCACCCGUGCCUGGAGCUGCAGGACGACGUGCAGUUCAUCACCAACGACGUGACGCUGACGCGCGACACCUCGUCCUUCCUCGUCAUCACGGGGCCCAACAUGGGCGGCAAGUCGACCUACAUCCGGCAGGUGGCGGCGAUCGCGCUCAUGGCGCAGGUCGGCAGCUUCGUGCCGUGCUCCGCCGCCGAGCUGACCCUCUUCGACGCCGUCCUCGCGCGCGUCGGCGCCAGCGACUCCCAGCUCAAGGGCGUGUCGACCUUCAUGGCCGAGAUGCUCGAGACGGCCAACAUCCUCAAGUCGGCCACCGCCGAGUCGCUCAUCAUCAUCGACGAGCUCGGCCGCGGCACAUCCACCUACGACGGCUUCGGCCUCGCCUGGGCCAUCUCGGAGCACAUCGUCAAGGAGAUCCGCUGCUUCGCGCUCUUCGCCACGCACUUCCACGAGCUCACCGCCCUCGCCGACCAACACCCCAACGUCGCCAACCUGCACGUCACGGCGCACAUCGGCAGCGGCGACGCGGGCGAGAAGCGCGACGUCACGCUGCUGUACAAGGUCGAGCCCGGCGUGUGCGACCAGAGCUUCGGCAUCCACGUCGCCGAGCUGGUGCGCUUCCCGGACAAGGUGGUGCGCAUGGCCAAGCGCAAGGCCGACGAGCUCGAGGACUUCACGACCAAGCACGAGGACGGCGAGGACGGCCUCGCGCUGCGGUACACCAAGGAGGACGUCGAGCAGGGCAGCGCGAUGCUCAAGCGCGUGCUGGCGCGCUGGCGCGACGAGGUGAGCGGUUCCGGGCUGAGCAAGGACGAGCAGGUCGCGCGCCUCAAGGCGCUGGUCGGCGCCGACCAGGAGCUCCUGGCCAACCCGUUCUUCCAGUCUGUCAAGGCGCUGUGA